AUGUCAGGAGUAACGACACCGACAACAUUACCCGAGUCGCUCGACGAAGCAACGACGGGCGCUUCUAGUGCACCUUCGCGACAACAGUCUAGCCCACCCACUUCACCUGCGACGAAAUCCGAGUCCGAAGAUGUGAUAAUGAAAGGAACUGAGAAGGAGAGUGAGCUGGAGAAAACUGCUGUUACGGAGGGAGAGGGAGAGGGUGAUGAAGAUGAGGAUACGGAGGGUAUGGAUAUGAAGGCUAGAGCGUUGACGAAGUUACUUCAGACCAGUUCCGUCUUCGUGGCCAUCAUGUCCGACAAGAUGAAAGCACAGCAAAAACAACAGCAAGAGGCGGCAAAGAAAGCCGCCGCUAAAAAACAGACCGCAGCAGCAGCCAAGGAAGCUCCUGAAUCGACAACCGGGCGACGCAGUUCUCGGCUGAAAACCGGUGAAAAGGAGGAAGCCACUGAUCAGAAGCAAUCGAAGAAGGCUACCGCGAAAAAGGGUGCAAAAAAGAAUGCCGCUAACGGCAAAAAUAUCUCAAGCUAUUUCAAGAAAGCCGAUGUUGAAGUCAGCGGGGACAAUCCCAGCGUACAGGAAGCAUUGAGGCAGGCAGCGGAUGACUUGGAAGCGAAGCCAUCAGCGCUCGGUGAACAGGAAGGUCUCGUUGCUACGGAGCAACCUUCAUUAGUCACGGGCGGGAAAAUGCGCGAGUAUCAAUUGGAGGGCUUGGAGUGGAUGAAGUCACUCUGGAUCAAUGGAUUGUGUGGUAUCCUUGCUGAUGAAAUGGGUCUCGGCAAGACUAUUCAGACGAUCUCGCUUAUUGCGUUUUUCAAAGAGAACAACAUCUCUGGUCCGUUUCUGAUCGCGGCACCGUUGAGCACAGUCAGCAAUUGGGUUGAUGAAUUUCAGAGGUGGACUCCUAGUAUUAAAACAGUCUUGUAUCAUGGAUCUAAGCCUGAGCGUGCCGAACUGCGGAAACAGAUGAAGCUAAAGGAUCAGAAAGAGGCUGAUUUCCCUGUCGUAUGCACGUCGUACGAGAUUUGUAUGAAUGAUCGUGCCUUUCUUGGACAGUUUUCAUGGAAGUAUAUCGUUGUGGAUGAGGGUCACCGUCUGAAGAACAUGAACUGCAAAUUAAUUAAAGAGCUUCUCACUUACCACUCUGCAAACCGAUUGCUUAUUACUGGAACACCAUUACAAAACAACAUUUCCGAGCUAUGGUCACUAUUACACUUCUUGCUCCCUGAGAUAUUCAACGACCUAGACAGCUUUGAGAGCUGGUUCGACUUUUCUUCUGUUUUGGACAAUAAUGGUCAGAGAGACGUGAUUGAGAGGCGCAAACGCAACCUCGUCACUACCAUGCAUUCUAUUCUCAAACCGUUUCUACUGCGCCGAGUCAAGACCGACGUCGAGACUAGUCUGCCUAAGAAAAGAGAGUACAUUCUAUAUGCUCCACUGACAUCAGAGCAGAAGGAACUAUAUAGAGAGAUCCUGAGUGGUACGGGCCGCCAGUACUUGGAGAACAGGGCCAUCGAACGUAUCGAGGCUCGAAGCGGACGAGUAUCCCGCUCGACGAGUCUCAAAAGAAAGGCCGAUGAUAGCGGAUCAAUGACUCCUUCCGGCAAGAGCGUAAAAUCAACUCGGUCUUCAACACCAGGCAGUGUUAGCGGCCGAACGCGAAAGGGCCGUCAAAGUUACAGAGAGAUUGGCGAUCGGGAAUUCAAUGCUCAACUCCGAAACCUCGAGAAUGGUAUUGAGGACGAGGAAGAAAAGGACGAAUCUCCUGGCGAGACUGAACAAGAAGAGAUUGAGCGUGCCAAAACCAUCAAAUUGGCCAAGAAGGAAAUUGGUAGCAAGAAGCUUCAGAAUCCAGUCAUGCAGGCCCGUCUGGCGUGUAAUUCUCCGCACAACUUUUACUGGCCAUGGGGCGACGACUCCUCUACGGUUGACGAAACGCUCGUCACAGCUUCUGGAAAGAUGUUGCUUCUUGAUCGUCUGGUACCUUGUCUCAUGAAGAAGGGCCACAAAAUUCUCAUAUUUUCCCAAUUCAAAACCCAGCUCGAUCUUAUACAGGACUGGGCUACUCAACUCCGCGGCUGGAACUGCUGUCGAAUCGACGGUGGCGUAAGCCAGGUUGAUCGUCGGGCUCAAAUCAAAGCUUUCAACUCCGAUAAAAACUUCAAAGUCUUCUUGUUAUCGACCCGUGCCGGUGGACAAGGUAUUAACCUGACUGCGGCCGAUACCGUCAUUCUCUUCGACUCUGACUGGAAUCCACAACAAGAUCUCCAAGCACAGGAUCGCGCACAUCGAAUCGGUCAAACACGCCCGGUCAUCGUCUACCGUCUCGCAACCAAGGGCACAGUUGAACAAACUCUACUCGAAAAAGCAGAUUCCAAACGCCGUCUUGAACGUCUCGUUAUUCAAAAGGGCAAAUUCAAAAGCUUGCUUGACAAUAACACCACUUCAAAUGACAUGGAGGAUAUCCGCAAGGCGUUGGGUGAAGAUGAAUUUGAGCAAUUUCAUAUUCAAUCUGAUGAUCCAGAGUCUAUUCUUUCGCAGCAUGAUCUUGAUAUCUUGACGGAUCGGAGUGAAGAGGCUUAUUUGCGUGCUGAGAAGGGUCUGGAGGAGAGUAAUGGACGGGCUUUCCAGGCUGUGGAGACGAAGGAGGAUAAGGGGAUCAUGGCUGAGUUGACUGUUCGAUAG